UUUACAUGUUUGUGGAUAGCAAAUACAGGUACAUAACACCAGGUGACCAAGCCUUCUCUUUAUUUUGCCUCCACCAUUCAGCCCAUAUACUCGUUCUCUGCACUCCUCUGUGAAUCCAAAAGAACCGGAAAAUCGCAGCGAUGCCUCCCCCCGGCGUGUGUCUGAACAUCAUGGAAGCUCGUCACAAACAAGAUGGUUAUGGAAGCCUGAAAACCCCUUACAGAGUGUUUGACCAAGACUUCCAGCAGCUGGCAAAGUACUGCCUCUCUCAAAGAGUAAAGUUCCUUGAUGAAACGUUCCCACCUGAAAGAAGCUCCAUCGGUGAGGGGGUUCUGAGCCCCUCCGACCUGGCCAAAGUGGAAUGGCUGAGACCAGCAAAAAUUGCUGCUAAUCCUUCCUUUGUCCUUCGCGGGGUCUCUAGGUUUGACUUUGGUCAAGGAACUGUUGGAAACUGCUGGUUUCUCGCAUCGAUUGGAGCUCUGACCUUCCAAAAAGAAAUUUUCAACCAGGUGGUUCCUCUUGAGCAAACAUUUGACCAGAACUACUGCGGAUUGUUUCACUUCCGGUUUUGGAGGUUUGGGAAAUGGGUGGAUGUGGUCAUUGAUGAUAAGCUGCCCACCCUAAACGGCAGAUUAAUCUUUGUGCGGUCACAAAGUCAGAAUGAAUUCUGGCCUGCUCUGCUGGAGAAAGCCUAUGCCAAGGUUUGUGGUUCCUACACUGACAUGACAGCUGGAACGCCUUCUGAGGCCAUGAUGGACUUCACAGGUGGCGUCCACAUUUACAUCCAGCUAUCUGAGCCUCCUCAGAAUCUGUGGGAGCUGAUGUGCAGAGCUGGAAAAUCUGGAGUACUGAUGUGCUGCGGUACAGAUCAAGGGGAGACUUCAUCUAACACAUUGUCACCAAAUGGGCUGGUGCUGGGACAUGCCUAUACUGUGACUGGUGUCAUACAGUUGGUGAGUCGGGGGAAACCUGUGAACCUGGUGCGUUUGUGGAACCCCUGGCGCACAGGAGAGUGGAGAGGAGACUGGUGCGAUCGGUCCCCUUUGUGGCAAACUGUGAGCCCUAAGGAUCGGGAAAAGUGCCAUGCUGUUGACGAUGAUGGAGAGUUCUGGAUGACACUGGAGGACUUCUGUAAGCUGUACAGUGAUCUUGACAUCUGCGGCAUGGAUCCAAACUUCCUCGAUGAGACGCCAUGCCAGUGGAAGACAUCCGUGCACGAAGGCCGCUGGGUUCCAGGAACAACUGCUGGAGGCUGCAUGAACAACAAAGAAACUUUCUGGACAAAUCCUCAAUUUAGAGUCCAAAUUUCUGGAGAAUUUUCAGAGAAGGUUGAUGGCAAAAACACGUUUGUGUCUUUGAUUCAAAAACCUGACAAGAGGAAGAGACAUCUGGUGAAAAAUCAGCACAUCGGAUUUUCCAUCUUUGAGGUGACUCAACAAUACAAAGCUCAGAUUGGAAAGUUCCCAGCCUCGUUUUUCAGCACGCAGCGACCUGUAGCCCAGACGAAAACCUUCAUGAACGCCCGCGAAGUGAUGGAAUUCAUCAGGCUGAAGCCCGGAGAGUACCUGAUCGUUCCGUCCACCUUCAAACCCAAUGAGAGCGCCUCUUUCCUCCUGACCAUCCACUCCAAGAUCGAGACCCACGGCUUUGAAAAUUCUGGAGACUACAACAGCCAAAUGUUUGAAAAGACCGAAAGAGUCAAAAAUCCAGAGGAGGAUGAAAAAAAGAAACGUUUUUUCAGGCAACACUCUAACAAGUAUGAGGAAGUGGAUGCUGAGCAGCUCCAGAAGAUCCUGAAUGACCAAAUUCUGAAAGGAGACUUAAAAUCUGGAGGAUUCAGCAUCGAUGCCUGUCGCAGCAUGGUUGCCCUGAUGGAUUCAUCAAUAACAGGCAGCCUGAACAGCAAGGAGUUUGUGCGACUGUGGAACAAAGUUAUUGCAUUCAAGGACAUUUUCUUUCAGACAGAUGUUUCACGGACAGGAACUCUUUCGCUCAGUGAGCUAAGAAAUGCUAUUAUAGCUUCAGGAAUAAAGGUCAACGACGAGCUGCUGAAUCUGAUGGCUCUGCGCUACAGCGCUUCCUCUGGUCAUGUGACCCUGGAGAGCUUCAUCAGCCUCAUCCUGCGCUUAGAAUGCAUGUGCAAAAUCUUUAAACAGCUGUCCGAUGGGAAAACAAUGACCCUUCAGGAGUCAGAGUGGAUGUAUGUGUCAAUGUACACUUAACUGAAGCAAAGAGGACGGAUGGAUCGUUCAUUUGGAAAAAAGGACUUUAUAAAGUUGACGUUCUUAGCUGACUGCAACCUCCACAGAUUGAGCACAGGACAGACUUUUUCUCAAUGUUUCUGAAAUGUAAGAGAAAUAAGAAUUCAAUGUUAAAAUUUCAAAGUGAGUUUUUUUUCUUCAAUUUCAUUCUGAACUAUUAUUGUGUUACAUAAAGAAAACAAAGUUGGUGGUUAAAGUGAAGACACGUUUUAAAGCGUACAUUGUUUUGAUUUCUUGUUGAAGAUAAGGGCUCUAAAAAGUUUUUUUGGAGAAGAGAUGAUGACAGAAGAAACAAUCUCUGGAAACCACUCUGGCUUUCAGCUAAAACGACUCACCCUCAGGUGUAGAAGGAUUUGGCUGCCAAAUAUAACCUCUUUAGGCACGUUCCACCUCAGGUUGUCUGUGGUGACAGUUACUAAAGGCAGACAAUUCCUGUAAAAGUGGAUUGAAUCAUGUUUUCACUUGUUGGACAAAUAAACACCAUGUAUUUGCUGUGCAGGUAAACUGUUCUCCUUAGAAAAAUUUAUCCUUUUAUUAAAUUAAUUUAAUUAUUAAUUAAAAUUAAAUUGUUAUCAAGUAGCUCUGGACCAAUCAGACUUUGUCUUAUUUCUUUCAGAUUUCAUGUAAAUGAAAUGUGAUUGGUAUAAACAGCAAUAGUUCAAAAAC